CUCUUUUCGCUCACAACGGCCAAAUCCAAAAAGAUAAGCCUCGGAUCAGCGAUAGUCCGGUCCCGCACCCAAAAGGGGAUAGUGGAUAGGCUAACCCCAGAUAGGCAAGGCCAGGUAUACUCCAGAAAACGAAAGGAGAUUCAGGGGGAAGCAAGCAACGAGCAAGCUCAUCGCCUCUCUCUCCCCUUUUCCUCCAGGAUCUCCGACCAAUCUUUCCACUCCAGCCCGGUCCAUACCUGAGGGGUCUCUCGUCGCUUUCUUCCAACCUUCACACCCUUUGAUAUCCCCACCCGACCAGCACACCCAUCAUGUCUACAACGGAGACCGCCACUCCCAUUGGCAUUGCCAAUGUAAGACCCUCGCUUGUUUCCCGAAUCUCCGAAAACGCGUUUGGACGUCAUGAUAGCUAACCAUAUGUCAUUCCUUCUAGCUCCCCAACCAGCGGUAUGUGACUUGACGGAAUUGAAGCCGAAUUGACUCGAAGGGUUAGCUUCUAAUUGAUGGUAUCCAGACACAAGAUUGUCGCGAAGCGGGGUGCGGCUUUCACAAUUAUGGUCGCUGGAGAGUCGGGAUUGGGAAAGACCACCUUCAUCAACACCCUCUUUUCUACUACUAUCAAAAAUUAUGCCGACCAUAAGCGCCGCCACCAGAAGCAGGUUGACCGCACCGUCGAGAUCGAGAUCACCAAGGCCGAGCUGGAGGAGAAAUUCUUCAAAGUUCGCCUGACCGUUAUUGAUACCCCCGGCUUCGGCGACUACGUCAACAACCGCGACUCGUGGCAGCCCAUUAUUGAGUUCCUGGAUGACCAGCACGAGUCUUACAUGCUCCAGGAGCAGCAGCCCCGCCGUACCGACAAGAUUGACAUGCGUGUGCACGCCUGCCUGUACUUCAUCCGCCCCACUGGACACACCCUCAAGCCCCUCGACAUUGAGGUUAUGAAGCGCCUGAGCUCCCGCGUUAACUUGAUCCCCGUCGUUGCCAAGGCCGAUACCCUGAGCCACGCCGAUCUGGCCAAGUACAAGGAGAGAAUUCGCGCCGUUAUCGAGGCCCAGGGCAUUAAGAUCUACACCCCGCCAAUUGAGGAGGACGAUGAGCACGCCGCCACCCACGCCCGCAGCCUGAUGGCUGCCAUGCCUUUCGCUGUGAUUGGUUCCGAGAAGGAUGUCAAGGCCAACGACGGCCGUGUUGUCAAGGGUCGCCAAUAUGCUUGGGGUGUUGCCGAGGUGGAAAACGAGGAUCACUGUGACUUCAAGAAGCUCCGUUCGAUCUUGAUUCGCACCCACAUGCUGGAUCUCAUCCACACUACCGAGGAGUCUCACUACGAGGCUUACCGCGCCCAGCAGAUGGAGACUCGCAAGUUCGGCGAGGCCCGACCCCGCAAGUUGGACAACCCCAAGUUCAAGGAGGAGGAGGAGAACUUGCGCAAGCGGUUCACCGAGCAAGUCAAGACUCAACAAGGAUCUCGAGGCCACUCACGCUGCCAUCAAAUCCCUCGAGCAAGAGAUCGAAGGCCUGCAGGGCUCCGGCACUCGCAGCCACGGUCGUCGCUAGAAUGGUGGUUCAAAAGGGGAGUUGGCACACUUGUGUUGACUCUCUCGUCGUUUCUUUCUCUUGAGUACCCAAUGUCUUGCAAUUCACGCGCUUGGGAGGGCGCACCUUCGCCUUGAAGGGCUUCUUCGUUUCGUUUUGUUAUAUCCAUUUACCGCUGGUAGCUAGCGAUGGUGUCUCUACAUCCUUGAUAAUAAUCCCUCCUGUAUUCUGUAGCGCGGAAAAUACAGAGUUAAUUCUUUGGUCGAAAUUAAAUUUAGGUGUUUUUGAUUGAAUUCAUUUCUUCGAGUAUCUGGCU